AUGGACCAAGGCAAAACCACCCUCCCAUCAACCACAGAGGCAAACUCCAGCCAGAGCCCAGCAGCUUUGAGCCCUGCUCACCUGGCUGCGGCUGGGUUGCUCUUCAUCACCUUCCUGGUGGGUGCGGUGGGGAACGGGCUGUACCUGUGGGUGCUGGGGCUGAAGAUGAGGAGGACGGUGACCACGCUCUGGUUCCUCCACCUUAUAUCCUGCAACCUCCUCUUCACCCUGCUGAUCCCCUUCUUUGCUGUCUACAUCCUCCUGGGUCUCCACUGGGUCUUCGGCACGGCCAUGUGCAAACUCCUCAACACGUUCGUCUGCGUGGGCAUGUUCUCCUCCGUCUUCCUGCUCACCCUCAUCAGCCUGGACCGCUACACCCUCAUUCACAAACCCAUGUGGUCCCGAAGCCACCGCACUCUGGCCCUGGCUGGGAAGCUUGUCGUGGGCGUGUGGCUGGUCUCCUUUGGUCUCAGCGCUCCCUACCUGGUUUUCCGGGAGACCCACGUGGUGGACAGGGACAGAAUCACCUGCAUCAACAAUUACAAUAUCUCCAGAAACUGGAAUGGAACUGAGACAUGGGUUCUGGGGCAUCAGAUCCAUCUGACCAUGUUUGUGAUCCAGUUCCUUCUGGGCUUCCUGCUGCCCUUAUGCACCAUUGUGGGAUGCUAUACCCGGGUGGGGUUGAAGAUGAAGGAGAAGAGGCUGGCAUGGGCUGGGAAGCCCUUCAAAGUCAUGGUGGCCGCGGUGGCUUCCUUCUUCCUCGGUUGGCUGCCCUACCAGCUCUUCCAGAGUGCAACUGUCUACAGGAAGGAGUUGCCAGAGUCGGUGUCGGGUACUCUCUUGGUCAUUUACAUCAUCACUGCUUGCUUCAAUGCCUGUUUCUCUCCCAUCUUCUACCUGUUUGUGGGGGAGAAGUUCUGGCUGGUCUUUAGGACGUCUCUUCUCACCCUGGUCAAGACAGGUUUUGUUGACAAACUCAGCAGCAGUGCUCCGACACUAAUGGAGGACACGGGUGUGAGCUUGAGAACACAAAAUGCGGUAUGUCCUGAAGACUGA